CGUAUAAUUAUGGGGCUAAAUGGGUGCUGAUGGACAUUUUCGGGUGACCUUGUCCUUGAAAAAGGCACCGGCCGCCGGUCCAGUUUACUGUAAAAUGGAAACAUCGGCACGGUUUCGACAACUGAAGACUGUUAAGCUCAGCUGCGAGGCUACCUAUCGGCUGGACAUCAGUUUCAAACCGCCACAACUGUUGGAGUCCCUCAGCAUAGGAGGCAAACAAGUGGAGGCGGAAGAGCGAGCAAGGGAUGGAACAGCAUGUGCUUACAGUGCUUAUCACAGCACGAAGGGUAUACCGGCAAGUGCCAGAGGUCAUCGUGAAGAAUUGCCGAUCACUAUGCGUGUCCUGGGUUCCGGUUUCUUGACAACUUGUCUGCAAAUCAAAUAUUACCGCCAAGAUGAUCAAAGCCAUUGCGAAUGGGGCGCCAGACUCCAUUGUAUCGAGUUAGAUUGUUCGAGCGUAGAAGGCAGAUUAGUUACCGUUGAUCGUGAAACGUACAGGAAACUCGGUAUAGAAUCCUAGCAGUCGGUAGGUGUUAACGUCAUGAAAGCCAUCACGUAACUAAACCGGCAAAUAUUCUUGUCCUUCCCUGUGUAUGGCGAUAUGUUACGACGAUCGUGAUUGGCUGACAGAGAGAACCGAUCAGUGUUACCGAUUGGCAUUGAAAUCGCUCGUCGGCCAAUAAGAAGGGAGCGCCACUUAUGGCGCGCUUUUGGCUGAAAUUCGUAUAUCGAAAUAAUUACAAGUAUAGCGUGCUACAUUUUUCAAGGAUACACUUUAAAACACGUAAAAUUUCUUCACACGACAAAUAGCGUAAAUGUUUUCAACAACUUACGUGACAUUGAAAAGCAAGAUGAAAAUAUCGAUCGUUUUUACACGUAACAAAAUAUCGGAUAAGAAGCAAAUUAUACAAGAAUAUUAUAGCGAUAUGUUUUGAUCCCUUAACGAUUAUAUAGAUGUAUAAUUAUCAAACGUUGGACCCGUUUUAUAAACGCAAUUAAAAUGCAAUUUCAUCCUCCUAUUUUUCUAUAUUGUGAAAUAUGUAUAUACAUACAUAUAUCAACAGUGUAUUGUUAUAAAUUAAUAUAGAAUAUAGAUUUGUUGUAAUGAAUAUACUGUGUAUUGUUUAAACGAUACUUUAGAACAUCAUGCUGCUAAAAAUCUCGUUUAUCAACAAAACUAUGUUCGUUAAGGAAUCAACUAAGAAAAUAUUUAUUCAAUACUUAAUAGAUAAAAAUAUAUCAAUAUUUUAAAUGAUAUAAAGUUGAAAUAUUACACGAUAGCUUACCACCUGCUGUGUUUAAAUAAAUUUAAAACUGACAUACAUAAAAUUUCUUGAAACGAGAUAUAGUUACAUAUAUCUAAUGUUGUCAUAACACAUUUCAUGCAUUAGAAAUAAAGCAUUCUGUAAUUAUUGACCAAUGGCAAAACUGUACGAACUAAAAAAUAAAUAACAGAACAACAUUCGAAUAUAAAUGUUAAUUUGAAAGUAUAAUAUUGUACAAAAAAGAAAAUUACCAUAUGUUAGCAUUACUGUCAAUUUUUUUGUAAAAAAGUCAGUUCUAGAUUUGUAAGAAUAGCAAGCUCUUUUUCUUUUUCUACUUAUAAUUUAUCACAAUGGUUUUGUGCACUUUAAUGGGCUUGAACACGAAACUUACAUCAAAUAGCACGUGAAAGUUAUUAUCGUGCCAUACGAAGCACGUUAAACUAUUAAUGAUACUGAUGUAGUAAUUACUGCCAUAUUUUAUGGCAUAUUUAUAUAAGAAAAAUAAUUCAACACAUGUUAUUUAAUUACGUUGAUAAAUUACUAUCCCUAUAAACAGUAAGAAUAUAAAACACAUUACUUUACUUAACAAAAUUUAAUACAAACUUCUCUUGCAAAUUUAUACUUAUAAACUAUACACAUGUAUAAUACAUAUUAUGAAACAUCAACCAAUUGCAAAAUUUUUAUUAUUGUAUUCUCCUAAUUAUAGUACUAAUUCAUUGAAAACUUUGGCAAUCAGUGAACAGGACCAAACAGUGCCUGUAUGUUUUAUGUAAACACAGAUUGUUCCUAUUCUUUAUUCACACAAUUAGUUGUCUGCCUAAUAAUAUUAAUACAUGUACGUUUUACAACUGA